ACUGUUCAUUUACGAGAUGCCAUCAAGAAUUGCUGAAAUCCGGCUUGUAAGCUCGCAUCGUGAGGUGUACGAACCAUGCGAUGACUCAUUUGCUCUAGUUGAUGCGUUACUCGCUGAUCGAACCAACCUGAUAGACCACAACCCUAAGAUCUGUAUGGAGAUUGGAUGCGGAAGCGGCUAUGUCAUAACAUCACUGAUCCUUCUUCUUCAAGACGAAGUUCCCGGUGUUCACUAUCUAGCCACCGACACAAACCCGAUCGCUGCAGGAGUGACGAGAGAAACUCUGGAAGCACAUGGAGUCGCUGCUGAUGUUAUCUGCACGGACAUAGCUUCUUGUUUAGAGAAGAGGCUCGCUGGCUCCGUCGACGUGAUGGUGGUGAAUCCGCCUUACGUGCCAACGCCGGAGUACGAAGUUGGCGUGGAAGGCAUUGCCUCUGCUUGGGCCGGAGGGGAAAACGGCCGGACCGUCAUCGACAAGAUGUUGCCUGUGGUUGAUCUUUUGCUUUCGGAGAAAGGUUGGUUCUACUUGGUGACGUUGACUUCGAAUUACCCUGCAGAGAUUUGUCUGGUGAUGAGGAAGAAAGGUUACGCUUCGAGAAUCGUGGUUCAGAGAUCGACUGAAGAGGAGAAUCUACUUAUCCUCAAGUUCUGGAGAGACAAAGACGAGGAGUGCCUGGACAAGGAGACAUCAUCACCGGCGUCGUUUAUGUCGCAGUUUUCGAGAUCUUUAUCAUCAUCUCUAUAUAAAAGCUUCACCUCUUCAUUCUUUUCCGCCAAUUUUCAACCGGGAAUCUCGCCUAAUCGUUUCCGACCUCAAAACCCUAGAUUCCGUGUCGGAAUCGCUAACAAUAAGGAGAAUAUGGCUGAUCAAGUAUUGGAAGGGAGUAAUCCAGUGGACCUCACCGAGCAUCCUUCGGGGAUUGUUCCCACUCUUCAAAACAUUGUCUCAACGGUGAACUUAGACUGCAAGCUAGAUCUUAAAGCCAUAGCUUUGCAGGCUCGGAAUGCUGAAUAUAAUCCCAAGCGUUUUGCUGCUGUGAUCAUGCGAAUUAGAGAACCAAAGACCACAGCAUUAAUUUUUGCCUCUGGUAAAAUGGUUUGUACUGGAGCUAAGAGUGAAGAUUUUUCAAAAAUGGCUGCAAGAAAGUAUGCCAGGAUUGUCCAGAAGCUGGGGUUUCCGGCAAAAUUUAAGGAUUUCAAGAUUCAGAAUAUCGUAGGUUCUUGUGAUGUCAAGUUCCCUAUAAGGCUUGAAGGUCUUGCAUACUCUCACGCCGCUUUCUCAAGUUACGAGCCUGAGCUGUUUCCGGGGCUGAUCUACAGGAUGAAAGUACCCAAGAUUGUACUUCUGAUUUUUGUGUCUGGCAAGAUAGUCAUCACUGGAGCAAAGAUGAGAGAGGAGACCUACAAAGCCUUUGAGAAUAUAUACCCGGGUCGAGCGGGUUUGUUCUUUGCAAAACUAGUUGUUGUGCGGUCUUUAGCCACUUGGAGUUGCUGAGAAAAUUUUGUCCUUGAACAAAGGCUCUCAAAGUAGCCAGACUCCUUUAAGAUUGUAAUAGAGUAUAUUGUAAAUACACAAAGGGAGACUAUUCUUCUGUUGUUUUUUUUUUGUUCCAACAUUCACACGUUUGUUAAAAAGUAUAAACGUAACUCAAUUUGCAGCUGCGUCUUGUUUAGAUUAUCGAAGAUUGUAAACAAAGAUAGAUGUGAAUACAAUACUGAAAUUCAAAAGUCUACUAAUUAUAAA